AGUCACUUAUGUUAUGGACAUUAAAGUCACACAAGUUAUCGACAUGACAGUUUCAUAGUUUAAAAAUUAAAGUCACGCAAUUUAUGGACAUGACAGUCACUUAUGUUAUGGACAAAUAAGUCACACAACUUACAGACAUGACAGUCACACAAGUUAUGGACAUGACAGUUACUUAGAUUAUUGACAUUUAAGUCUCACAAUUUAUGGACUUGGCAGUCACUAAGGUUAUGGACAGUUAAGUCACACAACUUUUGGACAUUAUAGUCACACAAGUUAUGGACAUGACAGUUGCUAGAUUGUUAUUAAAGACACAUUAGCAAUAGGGAUAAAAAAUACACUAGUGAUGUAGUUCAUAUACACAAAUCAUGCCUAUUAAUGACACAAAAAGUCAUAUAAUCAAAUAUAAAAAAAAAUCAUUUCAGUGGCUUUACAGAAACAACCAAAGAACUUGGAGGCCUUCUUAAAUGAUGUUCAGUAUUACAAACUGACUAAAAUAAAUUGAAAAUCCACAACAUUUGCUGCAAAGUAACACGUUUUUAAACUAUUCAUUUUUCUUUGAUUUCAAUUCAAAAUGUAUGUACAAACAUAUUAACAAUUUUGGCUUUACCUAUACGCAUAAUGUUUGUGUAUGUGAUUAUUUUCACCUUUUCUGUGUUUUUGAUUUUAUAAUUCAUUAGUCUGCACAUCAUUGACCGAAACGCUGGCAUUUUAUUAUUUUUUGUUAAUAAUUUUAUCCCUUCAAAUCAGAAUGUAGGUCAAGAUACAUUACCCACAGCCAGUAAAUAGGUGUGCUCAUCAUCAGGUCAAGAUACAUCGCCCACAGCUGGUCAAGAGGUGUGCUCAUCAGGAGGUCAAGAUUCAUCACCCACAGCCAGUCAAGAGGUUCGGUCUUCAGCACGUAAAGAAACAUCACCCACAGUCAGUCAAGAGGUUUGGCCAUCAGAACGUCAAGAUACAUUACAAACAGCCAGUCAAGAGGUUUGCUCAUCGGCAGGUCAAGAUACAUCACCCACAGCUAGUCAAGAGGUUUGGCCAUCAGCACAUAAAGAUACAUCCCCUACAGCCAGUCAAGAGGUUUGCUCAUCAGAACGUCAAGAUACAUCACACACAGUCAGUCAGGAGGUGAACCUUAGGAAACAACUGCAACAUUGAGCCAGGUGAUAAACUUGAAACCAAACAAGCUACAAUGGCUGUGUAGCCACCUGGGUCAUACAACGAGAGUGCGCUUUGACCACUACAGGCAAAUGUCUGGCUUCAUUGAAAGAGUCAAAAUCAGCAAAGUAUUGCUGAUGCAAGACAUGGACCUUACAGAAAAGUUUGUAGGAAAGAGCCUUGAUGAAAUUUGGCGCAUUCCUUUUGAAGACAUUUUAACACCUGGUCCAGAGACAUGUUGUAAUGAAAAUAGAGCAGAAAGUCAAGCAGAAGUCGAUGCUGAGCACACAAGUCUUGAAUGUCAAGCAGAAGUCGAUGCUGAGCACACAAGUCUUGAAGGUCAAGCAGAAGUCGAUGCUGAGCACACAAGUCUUGAAUGUCAAGCAGAAGUCGAUGCUGAGCACACAAGUCUUGAAGGUCAAGCAGAAGUCGAUGCUGAGCACACAAGUCUUGAUGCCCCAGAUGGCUAUGGAAGCAUGGACGAAGAUGACCACACUAUAUCAAAUGGGGAUGAAGAGGAAUUUGAGGGAAAGAGAAAAAGGAAGCCCCCCCAAAAAGGCUGCAAACGUCAGAAAUUCACAGAGGUAGAAACGGAGGAAAUAAAAACUUACUUUAGUGAAUAUCUAAAAAGUGGAAUUUGUCCGCGGAAACAGCAGGUUGAAGAUGCCAAACAGAAAAGUCGUAAGAAAACUGGGCAAAUAUGGAAAAGGUCAAACGACAAGAUAAUUAAGAAAAUUAGUGCAAUGAAUCAUAAGAAAAAAUAAAAACAUGUUGUUUACUACCGGUACUCGGAUGGAACAUUAUAAGAAUACCUUCGAGGGACAUUGAAAAGUUCAUGCAACAGUGACUUGGCAAAUAUGGGUGAUGUUUGUAUGCAAGUGGUAAUUUUUGUGUGUGCAUUUUAUUUGUUGAAUUGAAACUUUACUAUGUAUAUGUCUAAAGGUGAAAAAGAAUCUGGUAUAUUAUCAAACGUUAAAAAUGCUAAUACAAAAGCUUAGAUACAAUAUUUUCCUUUUUGCUUCAUCGAUGCUUUUGGAAUGUACCUUAUUUAUUUUCUUAUAUACCUGCUUUCAGUUUACAAAUAAUUUAAGUAAAGUUUAAGGUAUAUAAUUAAAACACAUGUUAUGA